UCUUUCCCAUACUUAACCACCACUUUAAUUUACUUACUCUUGACCCUCUUGUCUUCCUUCUUCUUCUUUUUGUAUUAUUAUAUGUGUCUACCUAGCUCUAAUUGUCUAGGACCACUUCAACUUACAUGUAUAUAUGAGCGUCCAAUGAGAGUACCAUUCAUCUUUCACACUAGCCAGCCAUGGAUUGGUUCUCUUGGUUAUCAAAGAGCAGCCUUGACCCAUCACUAAUAUAUGAAUACGGCCUUCGCUUUGCUCGCAAUGAGCUCCAAAAGGAGGAUUUAACCUACUUCAACCAUGAGUUUCUCCAGAGUAUGGGCAUUUCAGUGGCCAAGCAUAGGCUAGAAAUUCUGAAGCUUGCUAGGAAAGAAGUUGGAGGAGCUCCUAACGCCCUUUCCAGGCUUAUUUUGACAAUCAACAACGCCAAGAAAAAGAUUGGCAAGCGUAUUAACAAGUGGGUUUUCCAUGAAGUUGGAUCGACAAUGGCCUUGCCAGAGCCACCCCCACCCGCUCGCUACCAAGAGCAAUGGAAAGGAGCAUUAACAAGGAAGUACAAGAGUGAAAAGGAGUUUCAAGCAGAGAAACAGAAGCCAAUCAAAACCAUGAGGAUAGCAAAAUCCGGGCCAUUGCCAUUGGUGCAAGACAAGUUGAUUGUCACCAAUAGAAGCUUGAAGUUGUCUGGGCCUCUGGAAUGUAACAUGCAAGAGAGAUUGUUGUUCACUUACAGGAGCCCAAUAUCUUCUGGGCCUCUGGAUAGACAAAUGUAUGCAAAUAAAAGUCAUAACUUAUCUGGGCCUCUGGAUAGGCGGUUUCCAAGCCCGAGGAUUUAUGCAGACUACAGAAGCACCAAGGAAAACUUGGGCGGUGGUUAUGAAGAUCAUUCUCUAUGGGCAGCUCUGUUUCGGGAUCUGAAGCCCACAUGAGCUACCCAGUUUUGACUUAAAAUUUAGCAGAUAGUGUACUAUUGUUUCUCAAGAUUAGAGAGAAACCUUGUUUCUUAAGAUGUUUCUGGCACGUUAUAUCCAUAGUUGAAUCUUUGUGAAGUAAUGCAUUUUCCAGGCUUCCAGAACAGAA